AUGGCCCCCACAAGGUGGCUGGCCGGGAGUGUGGCUGUUCUCCUGCUGGGGCUGUUGGGAGUGGAAGGCAGGUGUUUCUUCAACCGCACCGAGGAGCGCUGCGUGUGCUACAACCUGACCCAGCAAACUGCAGGCAGCGUCAUCCAGUGCCUCGCAGCCUCUGUCGUGGAAUUCCGGGGGGGAGAGCUGGAGAGAUACGCAGCCUUCCCCAUCACCGGCCUGGAUUCUUCCACCAUCGACAUGCUGGGCUCCCUUGUCAUCAGGAAAAUAGUUUUUGCUGAUCUCCUCGUGCCUGAGAUACUCCUCGCUCGGGUCCUGAGGUUCUUCUCCUACACCCAAGUGCAGGAGCUGGUGUUUGAGAGCUGCACCUUCAAGGGGAGAGGCAACUGGGAGGACAUGGCCGGCCAGAGCUUGCCCAUAUUGUCGCUGCACUUCCACAAUGUGACAGCUGCCCCCCUGGAGGGCCGUGAGCAGGACUUCUCCAGCCUGAGCAGCUGGCUGGACACCCUGCAGGAGCUGGCAGGCACUGGCUCCCGGGUCACCAGCCUGCCCUGUGCCAUCGGGAGGGAGCUCAGAGCCCUGCGCUCCCUGGACAUGGCACAGAACAGCCUUGGGGAUGAGAGCCUGACGCCUGCCUUCUGCCGGGGGGCUUUCCCGCAGCUCCGGGUACUCAUUCUGCAAAGCAACAACCUGACAUCCCAGCACAGGGUGUGUGAAAGCCUGCAGCAGCUGCCCGAGCUGCAGCACCUUGAUCUCAGCCAGAACACGCUCGUGGCAGCCCCGUCCUCCUCCUGCCGGUGGCCAAUAUCCCUCCGGAUUUUCAACUUGUCCAACACUGCCUUGGCUGAGGUUCUCACCCCUCUGCCCCCCCGCCUGGAAGUGCUGGAUUUGAGCUGCAACCACCUCCUCGCCGUCGACAUCUCCCUCAGCUCCCUGAAGAAGCUGUUCCUGAGCCAUAACCUGCUGCGGGCUGCCCCCCCCGUCGGGAACUGCCCCUCGCUGGACACCCUGCACCUCAACAACAACUCCAUCGCGGAGCUGCCCUGGGCUGAGCUGAAGCUCCUGGGGCACCUGCGGGGGAAGUAUCAGAAAUUCUUUUGCAGCAGCUCAGGGGCUGCCAUGGACGCUGGGCAGGACAGCUGCUUGACUGUCGAUGGCAUCUUCCACUUGGACACAGGGCAGGAAAAGGUCCUGGAGUUGGCAAGACCCCAGCUGGCCCUGCUUCCCCUUGGCUACAGCGUGUCCCUGCUGCUGUGGGACCCUCAUGGCCCUGGGACUCAGCUCCCAUUCCAGAGCAUCAUCUGGCAGGUGAUCGACACUGUCUUCCAAGAGCUGGAGGCCGUGGGGGCUGAUGCCCUGUGCCUGCACACGGUCAGCCUGGUGCAGCCUCCUCACGCAGCCUCAUUCCAGGUCUGUGCCCCCGACACAGCCCGGGACCUGCUCCGUCCCGACGGCCGAGCCCUGCAAGUGCUGGAUGUUGCACCCCUGGGCCUGAUGGUGGAGGAGGCGAUGGAAAUCGCCGUGCCCGACGCCCAGGCUGCCAUCAGUGUCUAUGCCUGGGGGCUGGGGGCCGUCCUGGAGCUGCAGCCCCCCACAGACGGGCAGGGAGAAGAGAUCCUGGUGGCCCUGGAGCUGGCCAAGAGGGUGAAAGGCCUGGCCAGGAGGAUCUCGGCCACGCUCUGGGACCCGGCGCGGGAGGUGGCGGCACGACGGGAGGAGAUGCGGGGGCUGCGGCCGGGGCUGCUGGCUGGAGCUGCCCUGUCCCAGCAGAAGGUGGCUGUGGUGCAGCUGCGGAGAGCCCUGCGGGAGCUGCAGGUGCUGAAGAGCCAAAGGUGGGAGAAGAAGCAGGAAGCAGCUGAGGUGCUUGGGACAAGUCAGAUGAGCCAGCCCAGUGCCAAGGUGGGCACAGGUCAGGCCAGGGCCCCCUCACCCAGGUGA